GUCCCGGCACCGGCACACACGCACACGAGCCGCCGCUGCGUCCACCCGUCUUGUGCCGUGCCGUGCCGUGUCGCGCCGUGUCGCGCCGUGCCGCCACCGCGCCGCGUCCCCAGGCCAGGAGAGCCCGCCAGUGUCGUCCGCCCCCGCUGCGCCGCGCCGCACCGCGCCAGCCGUGCUGCACAUCGUGCUGCACAGCGUGCUGCGCCGGGGUCCCGCCGCGGAAAGUGAAAAGUGAAUUUGUGUGCAGUGAAUGUGUCAAAGUGCGAGUGUGGAAUGACGUGAGGCCAGUGUCAUGUGCCUGGAGCGGGCCUGAUCCAGUUCGUCGUCUGUUCGCCCGGCCAGCGGCUGCCCCAGGCUGCGCCAGGCUGCCCCUAGGCUGCCCCAGGCCCACGGCCCUAGGCUUGGCCGCGCCUGGAGAUGAUUAUUUCCAAGGACUUGUUUUUGCUGGGGGACCAAGACUACCUCCGGCUCCCUAAGGAGGAGAAGCGGCCCGCAGCCAUGGUGCGCCCCACCGUCGUCAAGUCCCAAAGGUCGGAGGUGGCGGGUGGCGCCCUGCACUGCCCCUUCUUGCUGGAGCAAGGCGAGGCCCACCUCACCGGCACCAGGCCCCUGGAGCUCGUCUUCAGCGGGCUCAGCGUCUCGGUCGCCUCCAGAAGCAUCCUGAGGGACGUCUCGGGCGUGGUCAGGCCGGGCGAGAUGCUGGCCGUCAUGGGACCGUCAGGAUGCGGAAAGACCACCCUGCUCAACUGCCUGUCGGGCCGCAGCGAGCUGGACUCUGGCUGCAUCCGCCUGAACCGCGAGCGCCUCACGAAGCGCUGGAAGCGGCGCAUCUGCUACGUCCUGCAGCAGGACAUCUUCUUCCCGGACCUCACGCUGCGCCAGACCCUCGAGUACGCGGCUCGCCUCCGCCUGCCCGAGUCCAUGUCGCGCAGGCAGAAGAUGCUGUACGUGGACCACAUCAUCGACGUCAUGGACCUCACCGCCUGCCAGGACACCAGAAUGGGCGACUACACGAAGCGGGGGUUGUCCGGUGGAGAGAAGAAACGCGCCAACAUCGCCUGCGAGCUGCUGACGAACCCCGCCCUCAUGCUUCUAGACGAGCCGACGUCGGGGCUGGACUCCCACUCGGCUUACACGCUCAUGUCGAGCCUGAAGAGGUAUGCAGAGAAGGAGAGCAAGACGCUGGUCGUCACGGUCCACCAGCCCUCCUCGCAGAUCUUCUACAUGUUCGACAAGCUGCUGUUGCUGUGCAACGGACACACCGCGUAUUUCGGUGACGUGAACAAGGUGGUCGACUUCUUCAACAACAUUGGACUUACCGUCACACCGCAUUAUAACCCAGCGGACUUCGUCUUGGAGUGCGUGAAAGGUUCAGAGGAAAUGAAACAAAAAAUAAUUACUGCCGCUAAAAGUCUUCCCACAUAUCACCAAGAGGCACUGAACGACUAUUGUGCAUUGCCCGCUCAACUUUACCAGCACCAAGGUUGUAAUGGGAGGGUGCCCAUGGUAGGUCAUGCCCUAGGCCACACUGCCAACGGACCAGGAUGUGACUUCAGCAAGCCUUCAUUGUGGUCCUCAACACCAAAUGGUACGCUUAACUCAACGCCUCCUCUUUCCCUUACCACCAAAUGUGUGGUCAGCAACCACAACAGUCACAACCUCAGCAAUCAUGUAUAUUCUACCAUAGUUAAGGAUGAAGAAGGAAAGUCCCUGUGGCUUGACAGUCAAAGCCAUGGGUCAUCAUCCGUGAGUAGCACCACAGACGAUGAUGUGCGAUGGCAGUGGCCUACUAGCUUUUGGACACAAUUCAAAGUUCUCUCAUCACGAAACUUCCAAGAAUCAAGGCCUCGAAUGCUGUCAAAACUGUACUGGCUGCAAACUAUUGGUCUUGGACUUAUGGUUGGAAAUGUAUACUUUCAAUUGGAGCGCAAAGAGGAAUCACUUCACGACAUUCAGUCUUGGAUGUUUUUUUCUACAAAUUAUUGGAUGCUGUUUGCACUUUUUAAUGCCUUAUCUUCAUUUCCUGCAGAACGAGAAGUGGUCAACAAGGAGAGGCUAUCAGGUUCUUACCGUUUGUCAGCAUAUUACUUGGCAAAAAUGGCUGGUGAACUUCCUUUAACUAUGACAUUACCAGCUGUUUACCACAUAAUAUCAUAUCCAUUAUUUGGUUUUCGAUCUACAUCUGUUUUUCUCACAAUGCUGGGCUUCCUUUUGCUGAGUACUGUUGUUGCUCAAAGUGCUGGAUUUUUUGUGGGUGCUGCCUGUAUGGAUUUGGAUGUGGCAAUAACAAUAUCAGCCCUAUACACACUUGCUACUCAACUAUUUGGAGGAUAUUUGGCUACCAAUAUUCCAUCCUGGCUAAGGUGGAUGAGAUACCUUUCAAUGGUACAUUAUGCAUACCAAAACAUGCAAAUAGUGGAGUUUAGUGAAGGCGAAAGAAUACAGUGUGCUGUACAGUCAAAGUUUGAAGUUUGCUCCAACUCAACUCACAUUCCAGUGUCUGUUAUUUUGGAGCAGCAGGGAGCUACAUUGCCUUUGUGGGCAAAUACUUUGGUACUACUAUUUUUCCUAGUGGUAUUCCGGGUGUUGGGCUAUGUUGUUUUGCGCUACUUUCGACAACCAAAAUAAUCUGAUAUUGAGCUACCUAGCAAACAAAUAAAUUCCUCUGUUCCAAUGUGUUUGGAAGUUGUUAUAAUCUUUUGUCAGAGAGAAUUCUUUUUUUAUUGGAUCUGAUGAAAAGCUCCAAUGUAGACCACAGCAAAUGUGGUUAUUGUUAAGGCUUGUGGACUGGAAAUUAAUGUUAAAAUAUAGAUUGGCUGUGUUGUUAACUGUAAUAUUAUUAUUUUAUUUUGUACAAGUUCUCCACUGUUUGAUAUCCGUAUUUCACAAAGUGAUUCAUAUUUUAAGGAGUCUGAUUUGUAGUUUUAAUUAGAGUAAUAGUGUAUAUACCACAUAAAAGAAAUUGUGAGUGUUCUAGCACUGGGUAAAUCAAUAAUUCACAAGAACAUUUCAUACUUUUUGCUUCACUGAGAAAAUGGGAUUGAGUGAAUGUGUAUUUUUAAGAUGAAUGAUUGUCAGUGCAAAAUGGAAUUGAUGACAUGUUAAUCCUGCUUAACUUCACAUGUUUUAGAUGUCAUAUGUCAUUCCUGAAAUCUUAUCUGGUAUUAAAGCAUUCUCCAAGAACAUCAGAAAGAUUCAAGCAGAUAGUACCAAUAAUGAAAUUCAUUUUCACUCAUGUAGCAUAUGCCCAUUUUACUGCUCUUACACCCUUGAAGUCAGAUAUGUAUUGAAUAAUGUAUCAUUUGCUUAUGAACUGUAUUAGUGGCUUUGCUGACAGACUUCAUUCAAUCUUUCUUUCUUUGUCCAAAUGAAUCUGUCUAUCGUAGCCACGAAUAGUCUUUAAUUUUUUUAUCCUUUGACUUUGAUAUUCAUAGGAAAUGUGAUAUUGUUUCAUCUUUUCAAAGUUCAUUAUUAAGGAUGAAAUUAAAUAUGUGUUUAUAAAAGAUUUGCUGUCAAUCAAAAUUAAAAGUUUGUCAGUGAAUGGAGAACAUUUACUCAGAAAGCCUUUGCUUCUAGAAUAUGAAAAUUGCAGCUUGUAUGUCCACACCUCAUUUUUCACAGGCACACCCAGUCAACAAUAUGAAAGUGUCAGUACAAGCUAGUUCUUCAGUACCCCUGAGUUAUUAAUGUUAGUAGAUAAGGACCACAUCAGAGUAGUGCUUAGUCAGCUUUAUUUUAGAAUUUAACACUCAGAAAAUUUAUAAAUCUUCUCUUCCAGAACUAUGAAACCGAGACAUUGAACAAGUAUAAAAUUUAAUGUGGUGCUAUAGAGCAUCCUUUGUUACCUUCUUGAAGAACACGGGGUAGAGAGUACCUUUUAUGUAAUCUAAUUUUAAUGUACAUAUGUAUUAUAAAGAAAACAAACACUAACGUUUAAAAUGUUGAAAACUGCCUUUCAGACCAACAUUUUUUAUGUGAUGGGAGUUUUGUUAUGUCUGUAUCAUUGUGAUCUCUAAACAAAAUUUUAUCCUACAUGCCUGAAAAGCCUUUGAGAAAAGAUAUAGGGAUUUCAAAUGAAUAAUUUACUGUCCUUUUCUAAAUCUUGUUCUAAACAAAAGAAACUCUUUCUGUUCUCUUGUUAUUUUUAUAACACGGUUUUCAAAAAUAUAUAGAUUGCAUUGGGUCAUUCUAGCAACCAACUCAUCACCUAUUUUGUAAUUUUGCAAUCAUCAAAUGAAGGAACAAGUUUUAAAACGUCUGGCUGUUAAUGUUGUUUUAUCUCUCACAACUUUUAGCUAUUAAUUGAGUGUGAUUGGUGAAACAACACAAGGAAAUGCAAUUUUGGUCUGGUUUUAAAAGGGGGGGGGGGCAAAAAGAAAACAAAUUCUAAUUCUGAGUCUAUUUAAAACUCCUGCAACCUACUGUAACACCAAAUAACGUACUUGUGUUAUUGGUGUUCCAGUAAUGUCUUUUGUCUCUUCAACACAAGGACUUAGUAAAUGAUAUAAGAAAAAUCAGUGGUUGACAAUGUUAAUAGAGUUUAAGGAUAAUGAACUUCAAAACUGCCAUUCUUGAGUAAACUGGGCAAUUCCAUAUAAACUUUGCACUGCCAAACAUGUAAACAAUACUUUAAAUAUGUUUUAAUUUUCUCCAAUUGUUCAAUGAAAUAGAUGCAUGUGUCAUAAUUAUGAUUGUUUCAAGUGUAGAGGUUAUCAGUUCUAUCCCCAGCCAUCACCUUAACAUAGUAAACUGAUAAAUUAAUAUACGAAUGUUCUUCAACUGAUAGUUUCCACCCUAGCAAAGUGCUUUUUAUCUUCAGUAUAACUGAAAAUUGAUGUUGUAUUUAUAUAUGUGUGAUAACAAAAUAAAUUACAUUAUUCCAAGCGACAUAA